GGAGUUAUGGCAUUGCUAUGAGCAAUGUGGCGCCUCACAUGCCACCCACGUGGGUAUUCCCUCGUGGAUGUGAUGGCUUUUCCCGUGCUUACGCUUAUGCGAGGCAGCGCAGGACUGAGUUUAGCCAUUCGACGAUCAACGAGAUCCUUGAGUAUGUUCCUACAAUGGGAUGAACGAGAUUGGGGAAGAAUCAUCCUUAAUGCGGAGAAGGUCGUGGGAUAUCCGACAUCCUAUCUCAGUCUGAGAUCCUUGCUGAGUGAUGAAGCUGCCAAUAUUGCUCUGCAUUUGAAGAAACUCCUUGGUUCUCAUCAUCCGCUGAUAAGUACAGCAAAAGCCCUGAUGACUGGUGAAAGGGAGAUGAGUCAGCUUCGUGGCCUCAUGAUUCUUCUUUUGUCAAAGACUGCUGGAGGAUCUCAACCUCUUUCCAUCCAGCAAAGGUCCUUGGCUGAAGUGGUGGAGACGAUCCACCUGGCUCAACUUAUUCAUAUGGGGAUCCAAGAUCAGCAAGAUGAUAUUCCAUCUGGGGAUGAUGCCCUUGGAAAUAGGAUGGCUACUCUCAGUGGAGACUACUUUCUUGCUCAAGCCUCUCAUUCCCUUGCCCUUCUCAAUAGCACUAAGGUGGUGGAGCUUAUGAGUGGUGCCAUUCGAGACUUUUCUCUAUCUUGGUUUGUGAAGCAGCCAGAGUCUCAAGAAGAAUGGGAAGAGAAGGCAUAUUUGAGAAGGGGGAGCCUUUUGGCUAAUGGUUUUCAGGCUGCUCUUACCUUAGCAAAUGCCUCAACUUACCUUCAAGCACAGGCAUUUGUUCUUGGAUCUCGAUUGGCAGCUGCCUGGCAGGGAGAAAGUUCAUUCAAAGUGGAUUACAGCUUGGUACAACUGAGGAUAGCAGAAGUGAAAGACAUUCUAUGGAGAGACUUCCCAGACAGUGAUGCAAGAUUAGCUUUCUGGAAUGUCAUGCUUGGACUCACUGGACUGGAGACAAAGAAUAUCUCGAUAUGAGUUUUGACUUUUUUUUGUCUUUAAUGUUCCUUCAUUUGACAGAAAGUAAAGCUGUCAAAGGAAGUGUGACAUGGUGGUGUUGUUGAAUCCUUCACAAGACUUUGGUAGUAGAGAUGAGACGUUAUCCAUUGAUAUGACUGUCUGUGAGCAUGUGGGGGGGACUUCAACAAUCACUCGAGGAAUGAAAUAUGUUGAGAAAAUCAAGGAACAAGUAUGCUUUCAAUGCAAACUGUCCCAGCAUGUAAACUUUAUUUUCCUUACAAGC